GGGCGGGGUUGCGCCAUUUUGAAUGUGGACAGUGGAGUGUGGGAGGAAAAGGCAGGAGGAGAGUUUGUGCUGCUUCACAGGGACUUCAGCUGGAGACGUGCAGAGACAAAUAAAGCGGCUAGAAAAAAACAAAACCCCCCGAUUUGUUAACAAGCAAAGGUUUGAUUUGAUCUGCAGUAACUGCUGGGGAAAGUUAUCAGGAAGCGCCGCGGAGAUUCUCUCUCGCCAUGGCAGGUGCCGGAGGCGGGGGCAACGACAUGCAGUGGUGUUUCUCGCAGGUCAAAGGAGCGAUCGAUGAUGACGUAGCUGAAGCUGAUAUCAUCUCCACCGUGGAGUUCAACCACUCAGGGGAGCUGUUAGCCACGGGAGACAAAGGCGGACGUGUCGUCAUCUUCCAGCAAAACACUGAGAACAAGGCGCAGUGCCGCAGCGACUACAACGUUUACAGCACGUUCCAGAGCCACGAGCCCGAGUUCGACUACCUGAAGAGUCUGGAGAUCGAGGAGAAGAUCAACAAGAUCCGCUGGCUGCCGCAGAAGAACGCAGCGCAGUUUCUGCUGUCCACAAACGAUAAAACUAUAAAGUUGUGGAAAAUAAGUGAACGCGACAAGAGACCAGAGGGCUACAAUCUGAAAGAGGAGGAUGGGCGGUGCAGAGAUUCAUCCACUAUCACUUCUCUACGGGUGCCCGUGUUCAAGCCCAUGGACCUGAUGGUGGAGGCGAGCCCUCGGCGUGUGUUCGCCAACGCUCACACUUACCACAUCAACUCCAUCUCCGUAAACAGCGACAACGAGACGUACCUGUCCGCUGACGACCUCCGCAUCAACCUGUGGCACCUGGAGAUCACCGACCGCAGCUUCAACAUCGUGGACAUCAAGCCAGCCAACAUGGAGGAGCUGACGGAGGUGAUCACGGCGGCCGAGUUCCACCCGCACCAGUGCAACACCUUCGUCUACAGCAGCAGCAAAGGCACCAUCCGGAUGUGUGACAUGCGCGCCUCCGCCCUCUGUGACAAACACUCCAAACUGUUCGAGGAGCCAGAAGACCCCAGCAACCGCUCUUUCUUCUCAGAAAUCAUCUCUUCCAUCUCGGACGUGAAGUUCAGCCACAGCGGUCGCUACAUGAUGACCCGAGAUUACCUGUCCAUCAAGAUCUGGGACCUGAACAUGGAGAGCCGGCCAGUGGAGACCUAUCAGGUGCACGAAUACCUCAGGAGUAAGUUGUGCUCGCUCUACGAAAACGAUUGCAUCUUCGACAAGUUCGAGUGCUGCUGGAGCGGGAAUGACAGCGUGGUGAUGACGGGCUCUUACAACAACUUCUUCCGCAUGCUGGAGCGCACACAGAGGCGAGACGUCACACUCGAGGCAUGCCGUGAGAGCUGCAAGCCCCGGCAGCUGCUGAAGCCUCGGCGCGUGUGCGCAGGCGGGAAGAGGAAGAAGGACGAGAUCAGCGUGGACAGCCUGGACUUCAACAAGAAGAUCCUGCACACGGCCUGGCACCCGCACUCCAACAUCAUCGCCGUGGCAACCACCAACAACCUCUACAUCUUCCAGGAGAAGGGCAACUAGGAGCGACCAACCUCUCACACCUCCGUCUGCGUGCGUGCGUGCGUGUGUGUGCGUGCCUGCGUGUUUGUGUGGAGAAAAAAGUUCAAGAGGAACUAGAGAAAAUAGUUUUCGUGACAACCAUCACCACUACUGUCAUCAUCUGUAUGAUCCCCUUCAGGGCGGGGCUCGGUCACUCGGUACCGAGCCAGCCGUGACGCACGCCGUCCUCUCUGGGUACCCACAAUCCUCUUCUCUUAUCCAUCAGGCCUGGUUACAGGGCCACGUUGGCCACAGGAUCUUGUAAUGUCAGUCAUAGUUUUUUUAUUUUUUUUUAUUUUUUAUUUUUGUAAUUGUCGAAACUUCAAACUCCGAAUGUGCUGAUGAUCAGUUACGCAAUACAACGCAAUAUUUGCAUACGUUAUUGUCAUUAUUACAUUAUUAACAUGUACAUUUCAAACCCGAUUGAGAAAUUCCGUAAUUCUGUGCACCCGACGAGGAUUCCAGCCGCCUCCGAUUGUGUUGUAAUAAAAAUAUUUGGGAUCGGCACAUUCCUAAUUUGAACCCCCGACUCCGGUAUACUUUACACCUCAGCUCUUUUUGUGCCAUUAAAGUUUUUUUUUGUUGUUGUUUUUUUAAUCUUCAGUGAAAUUGCCAAGUUGUUUAGGUUGUUUUAAUUCUGUUUAAAGAAUUUUUUUUGUCCUUUUUCUCAAUAAAUUCUCCUCAAUACUGUACUCAAA